AACCACGUUGCAAACUCCUCCUCCGGUAACCUACGGGUAUUGGAAGAAGAGGAAUUGUGGAAAGAAAAGGAAGAGGCGGCGGCGUUUUAAGCUUGAUUAGAGAAAGCGCGAAGAAAGCAAAUCCGACCGCGGGGCGGAGUGAACAUCUAGCCGCCACGCCACGGGCUUUUUGAGCGAAGCGUGACCUCCCGGUACGACCGCACUCCUCAAAGUGCCACGACGUCGAGAAAGCAAAGCAAACGAUUCAUUUCCCAAGAGCCGCAGUUUCGCUGAAAUUAUACUAGGCAGAAUUGGCAGCCAUAGAUUGGUUCACAAACUGAAGAACUUUAAAGAACUUGGAAGUUUCUUUGGGAGUAACCAAGGAAUUAAAGGCUCCACUGGAUAAUCUGCUGCUGUUUUGAAAAAAACUUGAAGUGUGAAGUUUUCCCUCUCUACUUUUUUCAUAAGAAAUAGCAAAGAAUUUUAGUAACCAUGGAGUUUUGUUGAGUUUAACAUAACAGAUUAAUUUUAAUAUUGAAAAUAUUGACUCAUUUGUUUUUUUACUAUUGUUUGAAGGAACAAACAUUUAAAAAUGGAUAAAUAUGAUCUUGGUUUAGAGGCAAGUAAAUUUAUAGAAGACCUGAAUAUGUAUGAAGCUUCCAAAGAUGGUCUCUUUCGAGUAGACAAAGCUAUUGGGAAUAACCCAGAAUUUGAAGAAACCAGAAGAGUUUUUGCUACAAAAAUGGCUAAAAUUCACCUGCAGAAACAAGAACAAGAAGAAUUGAUGAAAGGAGCCUCAGUGGAUUUGAAUGGUGGAUUUAAUUUUGGUGAUCAGCUUCCAAGUUAUUCUGUAGUCAAAGACACCACAGGAACAAAUAAAUUGCAUCCACAAGAAAAUGUUGCUAAGCCUUUGGUUGCAGCAUCAGUAGUAUGUGCAGGUCAUCAGCUUGUUUUUCCAAGCCAGCCUCUAUGUCACAAUGAUGGAGAGCGAACAAAAAUAUAUCAAGAUGACUAUGAAUAUAGCAACAGCCUAGAAAUUCCUGGAGGGCCAAAUUGCCACAAACCAGAUCAGAUGAACUCAAGUGGUUCUAAAGCAGUUCUUCCUUCUCUAUCAUGGAAUGAACAGAGCAGUGAUGAUAAUCAAACAGGUGUCCAAGAAAGGAGGAAAAGUGCUGGUAAGCUUUGCAGCCAGAAGUCAAAUAUCGGCUCUCAUUUAUGGUCAAACAGCCAAGAUGAAUCAUUGCAGAGAAGCCCUUCAAAACCGUGUGCAGAUCUUCAUCUAUGCCAACAAUCCCAAAGCCCUUACAGAUCAUCAGAAAGUGGGCAUGGAAAUCAGGAAAGUGGAAAUGAAGGCUCAGGACUUAGUAAGAGCUGUAUCCAAAACCUAGCUUGCCAGAGACCAUCUUUUUCUCAUAAUAGUAUCCCCUUAUCUUCUUUAGUUGGGGUUAGUGAUGAAUCAGCCAUGAGAUGUUCACAACAGAAAUCUUCAUCAUAUUCUGUUUCAUCAAUACAUUCUUCUCAGAUUCUUUCAAAUCGGCCUGGUAAUUUUUAUCCAAAUAGAAGCAGUGGUGAUAACUACUCAAGGUACAGUGAUAGCAUUCAACCUUCAAUUUGUACCCCAGUUCCUUCAAGUGCAGAUUAUCAGCGGCACAAUAUUCAUUCAUACACUUCAGAUCAUUUUGUAGUUCAUGGUCAAAAUCACAGGCUUAAUUCUGCUGGUUCUGGUCUGAGUCUUGAGCAGAAUUCUAUCACUGCAACAUCUCAUGUAACAAUGAUUUCUGAUGUUCCCAAGUCUCCUUUUAAGGAGAGUAUCACUGUUCAGCAGCAUGAUUCUGGUCCCCAAGAAAUAUCUGGUUCUGCAAAAAUAAAAUUACCUUGUCAGAUGCUCUUUUCACUGCAAGACCAAGGGCCCUCUACUGCUGAAUUAAAAUUAGAAGUUCUUACUCAGCGCCUGGAGCAGGAGAUGGAUGCAUAUCCCAAGGCUGACUACUUUGGAACUUGUGUGAAAUGCAGCAAAGGUGUUUAUGGAGCAAACCAGGCCUGCCAGGCAAUGGGGAAUCUCUACCAUGAUGGAUGCUUCACCUGCGGAGCAUGUAGCCGAAAAUUGAGAGGGAAGGCCUUUUACUUUGUUAAUGGGAAGGUGUUUUGUGAAGAAGACUUUCUAUAUUCAGGCUUUCAACAGUCAGCUGAUCGAUGCUACAUAUGUGGUCAUUUGAUCAUGGAUAUGAUUUUGCAAGCUUUGGGGAAGUCAUACCAUCCAGGCUGUUUCCGCUGUGUGAUUUGUAAUGAAUGUCUUGAUGGAGUGCCAUUCACAAUAGACAGUGAGAACAAAAUCUACUGUGUCCGAGAUUACCACAAAGUUUUGGCACCAAAAUGUGCAGCUUGUGGCCUUCCUAUUUUGCCAACUGAAGGAUCUGAUGAGACUAUCCGUGUGGUGUCAAUGGACAAGGAUUACCACAUAGAAUGUUACCGCUGUGAGGAUUGUGGAAUGGAACUCAAUGAUGAAGAUGGUCAUCGUUGCUACCCAUUAGAUGAACAUCUGCUUUGCCAUUCUUGCCAUCUUAAGCAUAUAGAAAAAAGCAUUAGUCCUAUAGCUUCCUAUUGGCAUCACUAUUGAUCAGCUACCAUGUUUCCCCAAAUAUAAGACCUGGUCUUAUUUUCUUUUGGGCUUGAAAAUAAACACUCAAGUUUAUUUUGGGGGGAGGUCUUAUAUAUUUCAAGUGCAGGAGGGGGUGAGUGCAGGGACCAACGGGAGUAGGAGCGCAGCUCCCACUGGCCCUACCCUGUCCCUGUCCAUCCCACUGUCUGCUUGCCCACAGCUACAAUUGGCCAUUCUUGACACACUCUGGCCGCUACCUGCCCUGCCUGCUGGCCCAGCUAUUGCUAGGACACUUCUUGGCUGUGGUGGGCACCAUGCUGGCCACCAAGCAGAUGCCCAUGCUGCUGCUAGCCUCGCAGGGACUCUUUGUUCUUCUGGCGUUGCUGCUCUCAGCCACCCUGCUGGGCUGCUCCUGCCUGGCAUGGGGUGAGUUGUCCCAAAUCGAAAACGUCUGGACCAUCACCAGACUGCUAGGGCCUUUUCGUGAGCAGCCACUGGUGGAACCAGGCUGUCUGUGCCACUUUGCCUGCCGCCUUUGGGCUGGUGAGUGCCGGCCUUGCAUGCCUUUUGGAUGCUGUAGGCGCCGGGCUUACAGCUACACUAAGCCUGGUGCUCUUGAGCUCUGGUAGGCGCUACAGCUCUCUGGCUGUGCAUGGGGUAGCUCCAGCGGGAUGUAGUGGAGGCUACUGGAGAGAGGUGGGGUUUGAUGGUGGCCUGGGCUGGAUGGAAGGCUAGGUUGCUGCAGAGCUGCUACAGGUGAGGCAGAUGCUGAAGGUGACCGGGGCAGCCCCACACUUGCCUCACAUAGCCAGCAAGAGAGUGCAGCGCCCACUAGGGCCUGAAGAACUCCAGGCGAAGGACCCCUGCGAGGCUGGCAGCAGCAUGGGCAGCUACGUGUCGGCCAGCACAGCCAAGAAGUGUCUCAGCAGAAACUGGGCCAGCAGGUAGCAUGGGUGAGAAGCGCCCUGUCAGCCAGGCACUGAAGUGUUGCCACUGCAGAGAGAGAAAUAGGUGGCGUGGGAGAGAGAGAGAGAGGGAUGAUCCAACCUUGGAGAGUUAUACCAGGGCAGUGAUAUGCUCUCUCUCUCUCUCUCUCUCUCUCUCUCUCUCUCUCUCUCUCUCCCUCCCUCUCCCCCCCCUCUCUCCCUCCCUUCACAGGUCCCCGGGGCAGCCACAACCCUUCACUAACCUGCUU